AUGGAUACUGCAACGGAGCCCGAUUAUGCAUCUGCUCUGUCUGAAGCGCCAGCUACCCCUCAACAGGGUAUGAGCCCAAAUGUCGCUGAAGGCGCAGCUGUCGCAACAGAGGGGCCAAGUUCGGUGCUGAUGGAGGCAGGAGCAAGUGGUCCAGAGCUUCAGGCAGUGGACGGCAGUGUGGCUGUCCGGACGAUGUCUGUGGCGGUCUCGGCAAGUGGCUCGCCGCCGGGGAUGGGGUGGUCACAGCCAGCAGUUCAUGAGGCGGCGUAUGUGGAAGCUGCCCAAGGUAUGAUGAGCAUGGGGCAGACUGGGUAUGAGGCUCAGAAUGCGGCUCAGGCAUGGUCUAUGACGAGUGCCCAGAGGAGAUCGGUACCGGUGUGGAUCCAGAGGUUGGGCGCCUUUUUCAAGAUAUGGGUGCUAGACAAUCUUUUCCUGCUGGAUGGGCUGCGUCGCCCAUGGGCUCUCCGGCUACGCCGACGGCGAGAAGGAUCUUGGGAUCGCCGGAUUCAGACCACGGUCGCGGAGGCUGUUCAGGAGGAGGUCAAGCGCCAGCUGCGUGGUGUGGUGCGAGAGCUAGAGGUGUCGAGGCGAGAAAAUGAGGAGCUCGCUCAGGAGGUGGCCCGCUUGCGUGAGGGUGCAGCCGAGCAGCGUGGGGAUGGAGGCUGGUUCCAAUGGGCUCGCAGGAUCUUCUAUGGCGGAGGCACCAAGCUUUCAAGCAAGACCUUCUACGGCGGAGGCACCAAGCUUUCAAGCAAGAGCUUCUAUGUCUGCGGCACCAAGCUUUCAAGCAGGAACUUCUACCGCAGCGGCACCAAGCUUUCAAGCAAGAGCUUCUAUGUCUGCGGCACCAAGCUUUCAAGCAGGAACUUCUACCGCAGCGGCGCCAAGCUUUCAAGCAGGCUCCUUGAGGGCCUGGAAAAGGUUAUCAAGGGAGCUGGUACCAAACCGGAAGAAGUGAGCAAGUCAACGGUUGAGGUGCCAAAGCUUUCAGAGUUGACGGAAUCGAGUGCGGUGGACUUUGGUGAUUGGCUCCACUGCGUUGAAAACGUGAUGGGCGACUUGAGUACGUCGUCGUCGGAAUGGUGGCAACUCGUGGUGAGUGAUGCCACGGCCUACUACCAGGACUACCAGCAGGCAGACCAGUUUGGGAGGCUUGCACUGAAGCCUGUGGCCAGCAAGGAGCUAGGCGAAGCGAAGUGGGCUCGAGUGGAAAGGAGAGGUGCCAGUGUGUUACUGGCAGCGGCACCAGAAGAGGUGCGAAAGGAUCUGGUGGCGGCGAGGUCGCGAUCUACACUGGAGAUCCUGGCAAGGCUUAUGGUGGUCUACCGUCCGGGCAGCACCACCGAGAAGUCUCAGUUGUUGAGGAAGGUGGAGACCCCAGAUUCGGCAACGACGGUGCAGGAGGCAGUGUCGGGACUGAGGCAGUGGGCUCGGCAUUAUCAAAGGGCGAAGGAUCUCAAGUUGAACACCCCGGAUCCUUCGAUCAUGUUAAGGUCACUUGAGAUGAUGGUCAAGAAGCCCCUGCAGGACCAUACGGAUAUCACCUUCAGAAUGAACCUGUUGCGCUAUCAUUUGAAGGUGGACUUCGCGCCAACGGAGGACGGGGUGAUGGCAAUCCACCGAGCGUAUCUGGCCGAGUUCGAGCAGCUGGGCUACAGGAAGUCAAAGGGAAAAGAUGAUACAGCAGCUCAGCCACCGAGGCUGAGGGCGGCCGAUGCUACAACACCAGCGUUACCCCCAACCUUGCCGUCAUCAGGAGGGAAGGGUGCUCAGAGGCCUUGCCGUUUCUACCUGACUGACGAAGGUUGUCGCCGAGGCAAGGGAUGCAAGUAUGAGCAUUCGAUGAAGGACCUCAGCAAGGCCGAGAGGAGGGAUCGAUGCUACGAGUGCGGUGGAAAGGGGCACCUUUCUACAGCUUGCCCGACGAAGAAGGACGAAGAAGGAGGUUCAGCAGAAAGCGCUGGGAGCUGGGGAUUCGCCACAGUCUUCUACGGGGGGAACGGGUGGAAGAAGGCGUUCAUGGAGCAGAAGAGCGCCCCAAAUGUCAAGGUGCUGCGGGUUGAGAACACCAAAGUGGACGAUGUGAGGGCAUCGCCGGCGCUGAGGGAGCUGAUGAAGGCAGAAGAGGACAUGGUGAGUAUGUGCCGGAUGGGACUCUUGGACUCAGGGGCCACGCACGCUCUCAGGCCGCGUACCCCUCAGGACAAGGGAGAGAAGACCAGUGUGAGCGUGACGCUAGCCGGAGAGCAGAAGGUGCAGAUGGACCAGACCAAGAGCGGCACGAUCUUGGGGGACACACAGACACAGCCCAUAGUGCCGCUGGGCACUUUGGUUCAGGCACUGGGCUAUGAGUUCGCGUGGGAUCGCAAGGGAUGUCGGCUAAGACACCCGGACAAGAAGGAAAUCAAGGUGUACACGCGGUCCAAUUGCCCAGAGAUCGCCCAGUGUGAUGCCCUGCGCCUCAUCGCGGAGCUGGAGGAAGCGAAGUUGUCAGAGGCCAUGGGAUCGCUGGCUACAUUGAGGUCGGCUAUCAUGGCAGCGAGAGAGCACACCCAGUGGAGCUGGAAGGAUGCCAUCAAGGAGUAUGUGGCGACAGGGGACAAGGAGGCCGGUGUGAGAGCGGUCUUGGCAGCCCCAUUCAUGCACCAUGUACCGAUGGAAGACCAGCUGAAGGUGAUGGUUGAAAUGCCAAAGACGUCGGAGGAGGCUUGGGGGUGGAUGAAGAGCUUUCCGAUCAACCGGUCCAAGAGGAGGCAGCUGUGGCAGGCUCAGAUUUUUUCUGGUUUCUUGGAGAUUGACUUGCAGAAGGGGUGGAACCUCAACGAUGGCAAGGUUUACGGGGUCCUCUUGUGGGCAGCCACGCAAGGCCGUGUGAAGCAAGUCAUCGGGGGGCCGCCUGGAGGGACUUUCGCACCCUUCCGUUACCAGCAGGGAAGGGAAGGCCCUCGACCGGUGAGGUCAAAUCAUGAACCAUGGGGACUUCGAGAAGGGCUAGGGGCUGAUGAAGCCACAAAGGUAAGAAAUGAGAAUGCAAUGCUCCUCAAGAUGGUUUGGCUGUGGACCUUCGCAGAGGCAGCCUUGGAUGAUCAAGAAGUACCGGGGCACAAGGUGGGUUUUUGCUUGGAGUUUCCGGAGGACCCACAGGGCUACUUGCCAGAUGGACCCCAGAAGCAGAGUUGUGUGUCCAUUUGGAGAACGGACUUCAUGAAGGAGUUCAUCAGGGUCACUCAGUUUGACAAGGUGAAGUUUGAGCAAGGAGCGUUCGGGCACCAGAAUAGGAGGCCUAGGUGUUGCUUAACCAACCUAGAGCUGGGUAUCAACGGUUUGAGAGAUUCGCGAGCCUUCCUGAGUAACGAAGAGGCGGACCCGGAUCAGUCGGUAUGGCCGUUCGGUUUCAGGAUUACCCUGGCGGAUGCCAUUCAUGAGUGGAGUGCGUCAAGGAGUCCCAUUGCCAUCAAGAAGGCCAUGACAAAGGCAGAGCUUGCUGAAUGGAAGGCACACAUUGAAAGAGGCCAUUGGCCCUAUCGCAGAGAUUGCUCGGUUUGUUUGUCGGCUUCGGGGACGGGAAGACCAGCAAGGCGCGUUGUGCACAGGGACGCGUAUGUCCUUAGCCUGGACAUUGUGGGACCUUUUGCAGAUGUGGGUCGUGAUGAAGUUCGUGGGUGUCGGUACAAGUUUGCGCUUGCGGCGACCUACUUAUACCCCAAGGUCAGGGACGUUCCAGAAGAUGCCCCUAUUCCAGAUGAGGAGGAGGCAGAGGAGUUCCUUGCUGAGGAAGAGGAUCAGCCUGAGGACGGCGAGCAGGGUCCAGAGGAUCCUAGUGCAGACUCACAAGAAGAAGAAUGGAGAAGGAAGAUUGAGGACCUCAAGCAAGGAGAAGCAGUGCAGGACCUCCACAUCCGCAUCCGUGCUCUUGGCUUGCCAGUGGUGCGGAUACACUCGGACAGGGCGAGAGAGUUCAGGGUGAAGCAGCUGAGAAAGUGGUGUCGCGAAAGAGACAUAUAUCAAACGUACACGGAGGGUCUAGCGCCCGCCCAGAAUGCCACUGCGGAAAGCCAUGUGAAGUGGCUGAAAAGCAAGGCAAGGCUACACCUUCAAGAUGCGGAGCUGGAUAAGGAGCUUUGGCCGUGUGCGAUGAAGCACGCGUGCAAGCUGCACAAUGCCAGAGAGCUUGGAGAAAAGGCUCCUGAAAUCAGGUUUGGAGCCGUGGUGUGGGUGAAGUCCAAGAAGGACAGAGGGCCGUUUGAUCCGAAGUGGGAGCGUGGUGUGUACAUGGGGCCAGCAGAUGAUGUUCGUGAGGGACAUGUUGUGCGGCUUGAUGAUGGGUUGUGGCUACGCACUUUGCAUAUGAGGACAGUGCGGGACGAUGAGGUCGAAGACGAGGAUGAGGAGGAGUUCGUUGUGGACCUUGUGGAGCCGACCCGUAGAUUGAGAAUGAAGACUAAGCUCACCGACCCAGAGGUGAGGGCAAUGGAUGCAAAAUGCCGCAAGACCUUGGUGGACAAACUGUUGGCGUCCCCCAUUUGGAGUUCUCCUGAGGCAAAGAUAGAGCGGCCGCAGAUGAGGGAUGGAGAAACUUGGGAGGACGCGGCGUAUGUGAACCUUGGGGCCUACCAGCACGGCGGGAUCACCAGUAUCACGGUUGCGACAGAGAGGUUCUCGCAUGAAGCAGAAUUGGCAACGAGCCUGCUGAAGCUAGACCACCCAGGGAAGGUCUUUACGUCAGUGGCGCUUGUGAAGAAUGUUUCCAAAGGGAGCAAUGUGUGGCAAGAAAUGAAGCCUGGAGAUGAGUUCUAUGGGAAGUACAAGUCCAUGUGGUUUAAGGAGAAGGAGAUCCCGGGUCAGUUGUUCAGCGUGGAAAAGCCUACUACGGUGCGCCCAGACAGGCUUCAUGCCCCACUCCGUGGAGAAGAUGGUGACCGAAUCGUGAUCAUCGGCUACACGGUGAGCAAGUGGGAGAAACUGUAUGACCACCAAUGUGAGGAUCUCAUGGAGUUGGGCUUUCAGCUUCCAGAACGGGAGCCGCAGUUGAGGAUGUUUGGACACGCGAAGCCCAGACCACCAGCGCCGCCAAUCCCCAUGGACUCAGGAGAGGGAUCUGCAGUGGUGCCACCAACGGGAACCACGGCGGUGUCGGGCUCCAGUUUUUUGGGACCGGGAUCUUCCAGUGAAUCGACGUUGCAAAGACCCCCCACCGAAGAAGGCAUGGAGGUGAGCUCAGGGACAGCGCCAAUGGGUCCAGUUUCAAGUUCAUCGGCGAGCUCAGGAAGACGCCUAGAGAGCUUCCCGGAGCUAACGGGCGAGAGGAUGGACACUACAGUCCUCCCAGGUGGGAGGAUUGAGCUGAGGCUUCGCUGGGCGAUAAGAUACUGUCCGGAGGGAAGCCAAGAGAACGUGGUGAUGACCUCUACUCCGUUGAUGCCCUUGGGUCACGAUGAGGAGGAGCACUUGAGGAGGAGGGUGUCCUGGCUUUCGGACCUGGUGGAAGAAGAAAGACAAGUUCGCCGUGCCAAGGAGUCUCGCGGUGUGUACGCGAACCAAAGGGAGCGCCAGAUGUUCUACAAGUUGGACGAGGCCAUUGACUACAUGAACGAGCUCCUGGCGGUCAGCGACAACACGAGGCAACAGAACAGGGUGAACUUGAUGAGAAUGGCUGUGGGCCACAACGCCACGGAGAAUGUGGAAGAGAUGUUGCGGUCCCUGGACAAGCCUUUGGAGACCGUCCACACAGUAGAUCUCCAGGAGGUCAAAAGGCACUUACAAGAGUGGACCCCAAGCAUAGCAAAGGAGGUCCAGACGCUCGAGGGGUCUGGGACUUUGCGUGGCAUGCCUAUCCAAGAGGCGAAGGAGAAGGCGGCGAAAGGGGAGCUGGUUUUGGUUCCAGCAAAGACGGUGCAUAUAGCGAAACCUCCUGGAGAAGGUGAUGGAUUGUUCAAGAGGCGUUCGAGGAUUGUGAUCUGCGGAAACUACAUCCACAACGAGGUGGAGGUGUAUACGGCCUCAGCCAAUGCAGAGAGUGUGAGGUGCUCGUUGUCGUAUGGGGCGAAAAAGAGGUGGCAUGGUGCGGUUACGGAUGUGAACUCAGCCUUUACACUCACCCCUAUGACAGAGUCAAAGGUCCGCUAUGCGAUCACUAUGCCAAAGGUGGUGGUAGAUGCAGGUUGCGCUCCAGCACAAACAGCUUACCUGGUGGACCGUGUUCUCUACGGCCUGAGGGAGGCGCCAAGGUUGUGGGGAAGUUUCCGAGAUCGCCGCAUCAGCAGAGCUAAGCUCAAGGUGGGAGACAAACAGUGCGUUUUCUUGCAGAUGGAGACGGAUCCCGCGGUUUGGCGUUUGGUUGAGGUGGGCUGUGAGUCCGAAACAUUGGCCCUCAUGAUUGUGUAUGUGGACGAUGCUAUGAUGUUGGGCCCAGUGGACACGAUCAAGGUGAUGUACAAGUGGAUCACAGAGGGCACCGAAGGUGAUGAAGGGUGGAAGUGCUCGCCUUUGGAGUGGUUGGGAAAGGAGCCGGUGCGCUACUUGGGAAUGGAUGUGAGGCGAAGAGAAAAGAAUGAUGUCACCAGCUUUCACAUUUCCCAGGGAAGCUAUGUCACGGAGCUCCUCAGAAACUACCCCGAAGAGGCAGCGAGACCAUCCCAGAUCCCGGCGUCCAAGGAAGUGAUGCCACCGGGAGAGGACGAUGAAACAGAAGCCGGGCCAGUUGAUGAAGAUUUGGUCAAGCAGGCGCAGAAGAUGGCAGGUGAGCUUUUGUGGCUUGUUACCAGAACCCGGCCAGAUGUGGGGUUUGCAACGGCUCAUGUUUGCAGCGCGGCAACCAAGGACCCUGCCUCGGCAAUCAAGUUGGCCAGGAUGACUAUGAGGUAUUUGGCUUCGACGGUGUCUUCGGGGUUGUGCUACGAUGGACAGGGGGGACCAGUGGUUGCAUACUCAGAUGCGAGCUUUGCACCUCCAGGAGAUCGUAGCUUUGGCUGCGUGACAACGGCUACCUAUGGUGGUUUUGCAGCUUGGCGGAUGACGAAGCAGCCCACUAUAGCUUUGUCGGCUGCGGAGGCAGAGCUGGUAGAGCUGUUGAAUGCAAGCCAACAGGCAGCAGGUCUGCAGGCGUGGGUCAAUGAGGUGUCCAGCGAGGACGCAGAUGAGCCUAUGGAGUUGCGAGUGGACAACACAGCGGCAUGUGGUUUGGCCACUACAGCACCUGGAUCGUGGAAGACAAGGCACCUCAAAGUGAAGGCCAGACACCUGCGAAUGGAGACCAACGAAGGUCGGAUCGUGGUUGCCCACACGCCGGGUGAAGUGCAAGUGGCAGACAUGGGAACAAAACCCGUUCCGGUGUCAAGGCUCCAGGACUUGAGGAAGCUGUGGGGAAUGUGUUCGGCAGAGGACUUUGAGACGGACGAAAGUGAGGUGAUAAUCAAGUCCUUGCAAGGCCCGGACUACUACGACUUGUUGCGGAUGUUCGUGUGGUUGAUGAUGGUUUCAAGGGUCCCGAGAGCAGAGACGGCGGAGAUCUACAGCAAGAAGCCGCUAGACUACGAUGGAAGCUUCGAGUUCUACGGGAUGUUGCUGAUUGCAGGUGUGGCGUUGCUUGGAAUGUGGGAGACGCUUAAAUGGUUGGCCCACAAGUUCUUUGGUGAUGAUGAAGCCACGAUUGCGAAGGCACGUCGGCUGUUGAGGAUUCGGAACCAAGCCACGAAGGCUUUGCAAGAGGAGCUCGCAUCUAUGACGAGCGCGAGUUCUUCCGACCCAAUGUUUGAGGUAAAGCCCCAGACCGCAAAGACAGCUCCUGGAAUGAUGCCACAGGAGCCUUUGGGGACGGCUACCGCGGGGAGCUCUACACCGGGUGCUUCGAGCAAUCCGGCUACAUCCAGUGCGGCGGCUACUACAAGAGUGAAUGAUGAUCCAGACCUUCGAGCAGCCUUGGAGAGUGCACAAAAUGGGCAGUACCGACGCCUCAGAAAGAACUUUGUGAUGUCGGAGCACGGGGAUCGACUUCAUGCCGUUCCAGAUUGCCACGGUUUGAGGCAUGCCAACAAAGCCAAGUUGAAGCAGAUGCAGGCGGACGGAGCGGCCUCUGAAACUUCGGCCUCCAGCUCUGGUGUCGAUCCGACAGCCUUGCUGCAACCUAGAGAGGACCAGGCUCCGGUGAGUCGCCCCGGAGUAUCCUGGGAAGCAUUCUGGAGCCUGGCCACCUGUGUCGGGUUGUGCCGGAAUCGCCUGCCGGUGCGCCCGCAUCCGCCGACGGAGCCUGAGCCGCCGCCACUUCGGCGACCUUCUGAGCAAGCGGCCUUGGAUGAAUUCGAGGCCACUUGUUGCACGCCCGACCGGCUGGCGGGCUAG